UUUUAUUUUCUCAGUAAAAUUUCAAUUCUUUGUCCUAAAAUUACAGGACAUUGAUGGACGUUCCGGGUGACUUGUUGUCCCAGCUGUGGAGUUUCAUCUCCUUCCUACCCUUCUUCUUCUUGCUUCUUAUCCUUGGCGUCGUUAAAGCUGCAAUCAUUGGUCCGGUAGUGCUAUGCAUUAUUUUGAUCGGAAAUUCAUCUGUGAUUGCUGGGCUUUGGAUAGCACAUUUUGUUUGGACGUAUUACUGCGUAGUAAGAAGCAAGAGGCUUGGACUAGUGUUAAAGAUUCUAGCGCUGGUACUACUUCCAGUGCCGCUUGUCCUUUGGCCGGUCGUUGGAGUUGUCGGGAGUCUUUUAGGUGGGAUUGGAUAUGGAAUUUUUUCUCCCCUACUUGCGACAUUUGAAGCUGUUGGCGAGAAUGUCCGGGACAAGUUCUAUCACUGCUUUGUUGAUGGCACUUGGUUCACAAUCAAAGGAAGCUGCAUAAUUGUGGAGGACUUCACAGAUUUUUGCUUCCAUUCUUACUUCUCCUGCAUGGAUGAACUAAUGGAACAGAGGCCUGCCGAUGAAAAGCCCAUGGAUAUAAAGUUGAUGAAAUUGCCAGGUUGUUUGUUGGUGACUGUGAUUGGAGUUCCAGUGGAUGUGGCUUUGAUUACACUUGUUGCACUAUGGAAAAGUCCAUACAUGCUCCUCAAAGGCUGGAAGAGGCUAUUAGAAGACUUGAUAGGCAGAGAGGGGCCAUUCUUGGAAACGGUAUGUGUUCCAUUCGCUGGUCUUGCAAUUCUACUGUGGCCUCUGGCAGUCGUAGCAGGUGUAGUAGCUUCGUUCUUGAGCAGCUUCUUUUUAGGACUAUAUAGUGCUGCCAUUGUGUAUCAGGAAGACUCGGUCCGGCUAGGACUUGCCUUUAUAGUUUCAGUGGUUUCAUUAUAUGAUGAAUAUGUAAAUGAUUUGCUGUACUUAAGGGAGGGAUCCUGCUUUCCCAGCAGGCUGAUAUACCGUAGAAAUAUGAGUUCUCGCCCAGAGAGGAAGAGCUGUGACAAUGAUAAAAAUGAAACCAAAAAUGGUAGGGAAGCCCCAUUUAGAUCAAAACUUGUUUCGCAACAACCAAGAAUUUGGAAGCAGGCACUCCACCGGUAUAAAUUAAUGCAGGUGUGGGGCUGGUUUUUCAAAUCUUGCGAGAUUAAUGGAAGAAUUCUCCUCCGUGAUGGUCUGAUAGAUGUCAAGGAUGUAGAAGAAUGCAUCUUGAAGGCAAAUUGUAAGAAGUUAGGGAUCAAAUUACCUGCUUGGUCGAUAUUGCAGUGUCUUCUUGCGUCAACCAAGUCUAGUUCGUCUGGGUUGGUAAUAUCUGAUGAUGUAGAGUUGACAAAGGCAAAUGGGCCAAAGGAUAAAGUGUUUGACUGGUUCAUUGGACCGUUGUUGGUCAUGAAAGAGCAAAUUAAGAAUAUGCAACUAGACACAAGCGAAGAAAUGGCCCUGAGAUAUGUUUUUAUGAAAUGUAAGAAUGAAUCGCCCGAGGAAUGGGAUGAUUAUGAAUUCUCAUCUGCAGAUCCUGUCCGGAGGGCACAGUUGCAGGCCAUAUUUAGAAGACUGCAGGGGCUAGUAGCUUCCAUGUCUAGGGUGCCAACCUUCAGACGCCACUUCAGAAAUUUAGUGAAGGUGCUGUACCUAGAAGCAGUUCAAGCAGCUGUGUCUGCUAAUCACAUAGGAGGAAUAAUAAUUCCCGGAAAGGGCAACCAGGGUUUGAUGGGAAGUGAGGAUGGGAGAGAAUCAAAGGAAGGAGAAGAAAUUGUUCUUGAUGUAGCAGAACAGUAUACCUUUGAUAAGGGUGACAAGAAUCUGAUGGGAAGUGAGACUGGGAAAGAAUCACAGGAAGGAGAUGAAAUUGUUGUGGACAUAGCACACUACUAGCGAGACGAUUUGAGGGGACGGCCAUCUUUCCGUACCCAUUCAGCUUAUAGGGGACGGAAUCCGUGCCCAUUAGGAUAUGCCUAUGGAGACGAAAAAUCUGUCCUACCUAUUUGCACCAUCUCCAUUUGGGGUUCGGGACGUGCUUAAAUCGACACCACCCUUCAGAAACUCCCCU